AUGCAGAUAUUGAGUGGCAAAGCGAGAAGUGGCCGCUGUGUGCUCGAACGGCGUGCCCCUGCCUUGCUCGACAGCAGCAUAUUUUGUUUUCAGUUUUCAAAGGUCUCUCGCGGCCGGCUACGAGAAAGAUGCUCCUCUCGUGCGGAAGCCACGCCCGCCCAAGAAGAAACGGGCCGAUCCCGCCGGCCGGCCGGCCGUCCACGCUUCCGGCGACGGUUGCUUCGCUCUCGAGCCGGACGAAAAGCGCCGGACUUGACGAGGGACGUCCACAGCUGGACGGACAGCGCCCAUGCCAAACGGUUACGAUGUUGGGCAGAAAGGUUAUGCAUGGGCAGAUCCAUCAAGAUAUUACUAUACCUCGACCCAAGAUCAUCACGUGUGAGAGGGGCGCAUGUGGAGAAAUCUGGACUGCAAUCUUGUCAAACUAAGAGGGUUGCUUCAUCGAUGGGGAGUUCUCUGCGACACUGCACAGCUAGCCGAGCUGAACCAGUUCAUCCUACUGCUGGACAAGAGGCGGGGAGAAAUAAUGAGGAUUGCCUGGCACUGUGAUCCGUGAUAUGUUGCAGAAGCUAUGUUUCAUUACAGGGUGCGCAAAAAUGUUUAGGUGUUUUGUUUUGGUCCUGUAAUAAGUAGAUACUACUUCCUUCCAGGACAAUUGCUUUUUGGUUCUGCCUAAACGAAGAGGUUUUCUUUUUCUCUUUCUUUGCUGGUGUGAUGUUUGCAUGGUUUGUAUGGUUUGUCUAUUCUGCUUCAUUCUAAUAAAAUGGGG